AUGUCGACGCCAUCUACGAAGAAGUCAUCCGCGGAAGAAGAGUUGGAGAAGCAGUACCGUGACUACAAAGCUCAGUUUGACCAAUGGAAGGAGAAGAACAAAAGCUCUAUCGGCACAGAUGCUUACGAUGCUUAUGUGAAGCAGUUUCAAGAAUGGGAAAAGGACGUGGAGAAGCGGCGCAAGUCUCUGCGGGAAAAGGCGGAGCGAGAGGCGAACGAAAUUACGUGCCAGAAGGAAGAGGAGGAAAAGGCAAAGCGAAUACAGGAAGCUAAAGAAGGUGAAGAACGUCUCUUAUCAGAAGCAGCGGCAGCAUAUGCACAAUCUCAGCAAGCGUAUAUCGCGCACCACCAGGCUGCGUUGGAGCAAGAACAGCAGAGAAUUCAGGUGUUUUUGCUACUUCCUUUUUUAAUUAUUAAAAUUCCUCGUAGGAAAUCGCUU